CCCUAACCCUAAGUACUUUAAACCCUCAACAAACUCACCAGCAGCAGCAGCAGCAGCAGAAGCACUACCACCACCACCACCAUGUGCCAACUUCCACCCACCCAUGCAAAACCCAACCACCAGUACCCCAUGCUCACCCCUUUCCUCCCUAAACCAUCCAACACUACUAUCACCCUGCACCACCAAUCCUCUCUCUCCCUCUCCUUCACUGAAACCAAGUCCAUUCUCACCAUUGCACUCCCCAUGAUCCUCACCGGCCUUCUCCUCUACUCUCGUUCCAUGAUCUCCAUGCUUUUCCUCGGCCACCUUGGUAGCCUUCCUUUAGCCGGCGGUGCUCUUGCCAUCGGCUUCGCCAACAUCACCGGCUACUCCGUCCUUUCCGGCCUUUCCAUGGGCAUGGAACCUCUCUGCGGCCAAGCCUUCGGCGCCAACAAACCUCUUCUCAUCGGUCUCACUCUCAAACAAACCAUCCUUCUUCUCCUCACCACCUCAUUCCCUAUCUCUCUUCUCUGGCUCUCCAUGCGCCACCUUCUUCUCCUCUCUGGCCAAGACUCCUCCAUCGCCGACGCCGCUCACGACUUCAUCCUCUUCUCCCUCCCUGACCUCCUCCUCCAAUCCUUUCUCCAUCCUCUUCGCAUCUAUCUCCGAACUCAAUCCAUAACUCUCCCUCUCACCUACUGUGCCACCGCCGCUCUCAUUCUCCACCUCCCCAUCAACUACCUUCUCGUCUCCAUCUUCCAUCUUGGCAUUAAAGGUGUCGCACUUGGCACCGUGUUAACUAACUUCAAUCUCUUAAUCAUGCUUCUUUUCUUCAUUUACUUCUCCGGCAUCCAUGCUCAUACCGGCGGCUUCACACUCACCUCAGAUUGUUUCACCGGCUGGAAACAACUCUUAAGUUUAGCCAUACCCAGUUGCGUUUCAGUGUGUUUAGAGUGGUGGUGGUAUGAGCUCAUGGUUUUAUUAUGUGGUUUACUACUAGACCCAAAGUCCACAGUUGCUUCAAUGGGCAUACUAAUCCAGACAACAUCUUUGAUCUAUAUAUUCCCAUCUUCACUCAGUUUCAGCGUCUCAACUCGUGUCGGUAACGAGCUCGGCGCUAACCGACCCGACCGAGCACGGCGCUCGGCCAACGUCGGUCUAUGUUGCGGCUUCGUGCUCGGUUUCACGGCGCUGGCAUUUGCUUUCAGUGUUCGUAACGUGUGGGCGAGGAUGUUCACUGAUGACUCGACCAUUAUGGCGUUGACUAGCACAGUGUUACCGAUACUGGGCGCGUGCGAGCUCGGUAACUGCCCGCAAACGACCGGGUGCGGUGUGUUGCGUGGUAGUGCUCGGCCACGAGCCGGAGCGAAUAUUAAUCUUGGUUCAUUUUACUUAGUUGGAACACCGGUUGCUGCCGCGCUAGCGUUUUGGUUCGGUUUCGAUUUCAAAGGGCUUUGGCUCGGCCUUCUCGCCGCGCAGGUGACUUGUGUUGUGCUAAUGCUCGUUGUGAUCCGGCGCACUGAUUGGGAUUCACAGGCUCAGCGCGCUCAGAGACUCACUGGAGCUGCUGGUCAUGAUCAUGAUCAUGAUGAUGAUGAUGUUGUUAAGGAUGAGGAAUCUGGGUUUGGUGUAUGUGUGAAGAGUGUUAAUGAAAGAGAGAAGGAAUUCAGUGGGUUAAUUAAUUAGUUAGAUUGAUUAUUUUAAUAAUUUGAUUUUUUUUAAUUAAAAAAAAAGAAUUUGUCAUGAGGGGGAAGAGGGAAAAAGAAAGUAUAGGUUUUUAUUUUAUUUUAUUUUAUUUUAUUCCUCUUUGAUUUUGUUUUAGGAUAGAAAGAGACAUCAUGUUGUUAUGAUUUUCG